AUGAAUUAUAUGAAAAAAUUUGACAAGCUCUAUGAAGAGUCCCCAAUAAAGCUAUUAACAUGGAAAAUUAUUAUGGAUGAAAUAGGUGUCAAAUUACUUUCAAAAAAAUUGAAGAAUUACUUAAUUGUUAUUUAUCUAGUUUCAUCAUACACUAUCCACACACUCGUUGUUUAUUCUUGCAAGCUUCAUGAGUUUAAUACUGCCUCCAGGGAUGCAAUGAUUUUUUCCGUCCCAAUAUACGUGACCCAUAAAUAUAUCAAGUCCACGCAUAACAUUAGAUCUAAAGAAUCUUAUAAACCCAAUAGCACACAGGCCAAGAAGUCAUCAUUGGACCUCAGGAAAGAUGAUGCGCGUUGA